AUGGACAGUACCAUACCUGUCAUGGAUGGCGCGAUUAAUUUACCACCACACAAAAGAGCUACUAGUCGGGCAAAAUCGACUAGACUUUGGAAAAGGACAAAAGCCCAAUUAAACUCUGAAUCCAAGUUCAGUGAUAUUGAGGAGAAGUUCACCGAGUUCUAUAUGGAGGUGUACCUGUACUCACACCUGCGCUGCUUCAGCCUGGCCGCAAGGCCUCAUAUAAGGCUAAACACUCCUCCAAAACAAUAG